CUGUUUUAAUAAAACUAGUCCAACCACUCGGACUUUGCCAAAGUGAUCGACGUGCAAAAGUACAAAAUAGAAUCUUGAGGACAAGCAAGGACAUGAAUAAAAUGACAUCACCAAAUGAUUCAACCUCCAACUCUUUAAAAGCCUGGCCUCCUUCUGCCUCUCUGAAAUCUGCAACCAUAUACUUGACAAUCUCCAAUCUUCCAAUGGCUAUUGUAGCCUUGCUAGUUCUCUUCGUUGCUUUGCUACCUAUCAUCCAUCUUCUUCUAACCAAACAAAGAAGCUCAUCAAAAAGACUCCCUCCUGGCUCUCUAGGCCUCCCCAUCAUUGGCCAGAGCCUUGACCUUCUCCGAGCCAUGCGGGCCAACACCGGCGAGCAAUGGCUUGAGGGAAGAAUAAGAAAGCAUGGGCCAAUCUCAAAGCUAUCACUCUUCGGGACACCGACAAUCUUUCUGACUGGUCCUGCUGCGAACAAGUUCAUAUUCACGAAUGAAGCAUUGGUUCCCCAGCAACCAAGUUCUCUUACCAGGAUACUGGGAAAAAGGACCAUAAUUGAAUUGGCUGGAGAGGAUCAUAGGCGUGUGAGAGCAGCAGUAAUGCAGUUCCUGAAGCCAGAUGUGUUGAAGAAUUACGUGGGCAAAAUUGACUGGGAGGUUAGGCACCAUCUCAAGAUGAAUUGGAUCGACCGGCGCACUGUCACGGUGGCGCCUUUAAUGAAGGGUCUUACGUUUGACAUCAUAUGCUCCCUUAUAUUUGGGUUGGAGAGAGGCCCCCUACGAGAAGGCCUUGGGAAGGAUCUUGCGGAGAUGCUGGCGGGAAUGUGGGCAGUGCCCUUGAACCUGCCGUUCACCCACUUCAGUAAAAGCCUGAGAGCGAGCCAACGGGCUCGAAAAGUGCUCACCAGAAUC